AUGGCGGCCGACAGCAAAGAGGCACCCCACAUGGGCAUGGAGGCACGUUUGCCUCGAACCCCCGCUGGCCAGACAAAGUCCAAGAACUCGCAGAUAUGGAAGGGCUUUUUUCAGGGAUCUGUGGGUGCUGCCAUCGGGGGCGCCUGUGCACAUCCCUUGGACCUCAUCAAGGUCAGAAUGCAGCUUCAGGCUGAAGGGACCAAACUCAAUAUGCUCCAGAUGGGCCCUCACAUUGUACGCAACGAGGGCCCGUUGGGCCUCUUCAAGGGUGUCGAUGCUUCAAUGGCACGGCAGCUGGUCUACAGCGGCGUGCGCUUUGGGAUGUAUGACAUGCUCAAGGGAUUUUGUGGAGAGUCCGAGAGGCCACUGACUACGGUGGAAAAGGUGGUUUGCGCAGCCGUGGCGGGGGCCACUGGUGCCUUUGCUGGCAAUCCUGGUGACCUGGCAAUGGUCCGCAUGCAGGCCGACGGCAAGCUCCCACCCGAGCAGCGUCGCGGGUACAAAAACAUUUUCGAUGCAGUCAGCAAGAUUGCUAGCCAAGAAGGCGUGCUAUCUAUGUGGCGAACCGGAGUUAUUCCCAACAUGAACCGAGCGCUUUGGCUUGAAAGCUUGAUAAGGCCAUGCAUGUGGCCCAGUCACUGGGAACAAAAAAUAUACGGUAUAUAUAUAUAG